AGGUAUAUGGUAGGAACUCGACUAGUUUCAUGUCGUUGCGUGAUCGUUGCCGUUCGCCUAUACAGUUUUGGCCGAUGGCGGCUGUCAACUGGUGUAACUCCGUCUUUCGUGGAAUUCAUUUUCAUCAAUUUUCUAAUCAUUUUGAAAAUUUCUAUUCGCAAAUAGUUAUCACGCAUUCGCGUUAAAUUCAUUUCUCUAUGAGUCUGUGAAAUUAUCAUUUACAACAUUUGUAUGACAUCGGGAAAAGAAACAAUGGGUGAACAACCAAUUUUUACGUGUAAAGGGCACGUGUUUCAUAUUGAUCCUAAGACAAAAAGAUCUUGGGUAUCAGCAUCUACAGCAGCAGUGUCUAUUUCAUUUUUUUAUGACUCCACAAGGAGUCUAUACAGAAUAAUUUCUGUUGAAGGAACAAAGGCAGUAAUAAACAGUACUAUUACUCCAAAUAUGACCUUCACAAAAACAUCACAAAAAUUUGGGCAAUGGUCAGAUGUUAGAGCUAAUACUAUAUAUGGUCUUGGCUUUUCAUCUGAAGUAGAAUUAGGAAAGUUCAUAGAGAAGUUUCAUGAAGUGAAGGAAGCCACUAAAUUAGCUAGUGCUAAAUUACAAUCAAACAGCUCAUCCGUUACUCCUGCUACUAGUGCAAAUGUUAGCCCGAUUACAUCACGAUCGAGUAUGCCAUCGUCAGAACAAGAUCUUAUAGACCCGCCAAAUUCAUCGAUGAUUAAUUCCAAUAUAUCAGCAUCGAAUAAUCCCAAUCCAAAUGCCAACAUGAUCUCCACUCAAAACAGUGUGUCUUUGGUAAGCAGCAGUCCCUUACCUGGUAGUUGUCAGAAUAAAGUGGAUGAUGAAUUGAAAAAUGCAGUCCAUUCAAGAUCACAGAGUGUUUCUCAGCAGAGUACAGAAAGUCCACAACAUCAAGGGAAAUCAUCGCAACUUAGUUCGACGCCAGGUGGACAAUCAGCUGAAAUGCAGCUUAAGUAUGAGAAUGAUAGGCUGAAACUUGCAUUAGCACAAAGCUCUGCAAAUGCUAAGAAAUGGGAGGUUGAAUUGACUACAUUGAAAACAAAUAAUGCCAGAUUAACGAGCGCGCUACAGGAAUCCACAGCAAAUGUCGAUGAAUGGAAAAGACAAUUACAAUUAUAUAAAGAAGACAAUGCAAGGAUCAAAGCCAAGUAUGCAGAUCUCGAAGCUGGGAAAAUAGCAGAAGGCAAUAGCGAGGCAUUAAGGUUGAGAGUUGAAGCAUUAGAAAGUGAACUUAGAACAAAAAAUGAAGAAAUCAAAGCUCUUACUAUAGCUACAAAAAAUAAAGAUUUUGUAGCUUUACAGAAAGAAAAUGCAGAACUUCGUGAAAUGUUAAGGGUUGUUCAUGAACAAUUAGAGCUUGCAUUAAGCGCAAAUAAAGUCCAAAAACAGAAUUUGGAUACACUGAAUGCUAGAUUAGCUGGAUAUAUACAAGAUUUGGUAACUGUACAUCGAGAAAUUACAAAUACAUUGCAAUCUUAAGUUUCCAUGUAGUGGUGUCUAAGAAUAUUUCUUCAUGGGAGUUUUGUAUUUAUGAUAUAAGCGAAGUAAACAAAUGGACGAUGUAGAUUAAUACAAUGGGAAAGGUUCCAAAAAAAAAAACAUGCAUAGUAAAAAAAUCUCGAAAAAGUAAACUAAGAACACUAUCUUUAAGUGAUAAAGAUAGAUUAUAUCUCUUUAAUGUAUUUAUUCCGUGUUAAGUUAAUGACAGCAUUUGAUGUUUUCGUUCAUAAAUUUUUCGUGCCAUAUUCAUGUCCUUGUUGUAUAUAAAAAUGUGUUCUUUUUAAUAACGUUUUAUAUAUUGUGUUUUUUUAAUUAGUAUACUUCUGCACAGACGGAAACGUAACUAUCAUUUACAUAUUAUGUACCUAGUAUAUUGUACCAUAAAAACAAUUUUACAAUUAUUUUUACAGGUUAUUUAAUUAAAAUUUAUUGUAUUAAAUUUUUUAUACAAAAUUUAUUAAUCAUACAAAUUAUUUAUAUAUAUAAUUUGUUUUUUUCUGAUGAUUGUGUCUAAAUGUUUGUGAAAUAAAUUAUAGUUGCAAUUAUACUGCAGUCAUCAUUACUAAUGCUGUUUCACUGAUUACUGUUGAUCUUUGACUCAUUACUAAACUCUACAAUUCUUACUAUACUAUUAUAGCUAUUAUUAUGAUUAUUAAUGCUAUUAUAAUUACCUCCACUAUUGCUGCACUAUUAAUUGUUAUUAUUGCUCAUUAUAUCAUCAUUAGUGUUACUUCUAUAACUGUUAUUACUGUUACUGUCAUUACAUGUUCACAAAGGACUUUUAUGAUAUUUAAAAAUAUGAAACAUAUCAAAAAUGUCACAAGAUUUAGUGUAAUACAUGUUUCUCGAUGUUUUUUGGAACUUAGCCCCUUGAAGACAACAAUAAAAUUCAGUUCAUUGUACCCAUGAACACGACUAAAAAAACUGCACAAUUAACAUUAGUAACGUUUAGCGAUACUCAAUUAUGUAGUAUAACUAUUUAAUUCAGCUGUACAUUGUAUCCAUAUUCUUCUAGUUCUAGCACAUAUUAUUUAUCUUUAUCAAUAGUAUAAAAAUAUAUAAAAUUGGAGAGUCUGGCAUGAGCUGUACAGAACCAUUGAUAUCUAAUAUAAAAUGUAACAUGAAAAAAUAUAUUAUAGGGCUCAUUUACAAUGGGUAACUUAGUGGUUUGAACAUAGAAGGUUAUCUAAUACGUCAACAAUGAGAAAAUAAUGUUUUUGAUGUGUGAAAUAUUUUAUUGUCUUUCUUAUGAAAAUCAAGUUAUUAUUGUUGAAAAAAUAAACAUCACUCUUCGUAAUAUAAAUGGAUUUAUAUAUAUUAUUUGCUAUUUAUUAUUUAAAUAUCUAUAGCAAUCAAGCCAGAUAUUCUUCAAUAUGUUGUAUUUGAAUAGCAUUAUAGACUCAUUAGAAAACAAAAUUUACCCAAGACUGAUGACCGAUUGUCUUAAAGAUGUCAAAGUGAUACUUCUUGCAACAAUAAUUUCUAGUAGUAAAUGAAGUGCGAAAUACUAAACAGAGCACUUUUUAUUGUACUGACAGUAUGUAUGUAUGUACGUAAAAUGUUAUGGAAAUGAAUUUUAAAUUUGAGGAAUUGGAAACAAAAGCCUCGCUUGCCACAUGUAAUCCUAAUAAAACAUUUUCAGAUGGC